AUGACUUGGAUUCUGAUCGCUGCUCUCAUAGUAGCCGUUCUUGUCUACCAACUCUCCAUUUUCACUUUGUUCAGCCCUCUUGCACGAAUCCCCGGUCCAAAGACUUUCGCCUUGACCAAGUUCAAAUUGGCCUAUGAGGACUACAAAGGAACUCGCACGCGAAAGAUCAAUGCUCUACAUCAGCAAUAUGGACCCGUUGUUCGUAUUGGCCCCAGUGAGGUGACGUUUAACAGCACCUCGGCCUUGCGUGCGAUCUACGGUGCCGGAAGUGGCUUUGAGCGAACUGGCUUCUACCAUAUGUUUGAGGCUUACGGUCGAAAGAACAUGUUUUCGUUCGCUACUGCGAAGCAACAUGGAGAAAGGAAGAAGCUGUUUGCUCAUGCCUACGCCAAAUCUGUGAUGCUCAAAGGGCAAAAUGCAGAAAUAGUCGAGCAGAAAGUCAAGUUGUAUAUGGACCUUUUGCAACGAGAUGGGGGAAAAGCGAGAUAUUUUCUACCUUGCAUUAUUUCUCCCUGGACACAAUCACCGAGUUUCUCUACGGAUCUUUCGGCAAAACUGGAUGUCUCGAGGGACUGGGGCAAGAUCGCGCGCUCAUCGGAGAUAUCAUCGACACUGCGCGCCGCAAGCUAUCGUGAAUGGCUUUACUCGAGGACCGGGGUUAGUGGCUGUAUUGCGAAAUGGCUUUACCCGAUGCAACUGCCAACGACUUACAGCGGCAUCAGACUUCACGCGAUGAAAGCCACUCAGACAUAUGCCAGUGCUUCUGACAGCGAGAAAGCGACCACAUCAGCCCUGAUAUCCAGACUGUGGAACCACCACCAUUCCCAAAAGACAAAUGGAAUAGAUGAUCUCGAUAUUGCAUCAGAAUGUGCAGACCAUCUUCUGGCAGGCAUUGAUACCACCAGCGACACACUGAUGUUUCUGAUUUGGGCUCUUUCCCGGCCGGAAAACAAGGAGUUCCAAGACAAGCUCAUUGAGGAAGUCUGCAAUAUCCCCGACGAGUCGCUCAAUUCGAAUGGUAUCCCCAAAGUAGAAAGUAGCGACAAGCUCUCUUACCUCGAUGCAGUUAUCAAGGAGACACUCCGGCUCUACGCACCUCUUCCUGGGUCAGAGCCACGUUCACUACCCACGACAGCCACAAUCGAUGGCUACACGAUUCCGCCCCGGACGGUGGUUUCUAUAUCCCCAUAUGCGCUCCAUCGUAACGCUGAGGUUUUCAAAAGUCCCACAAAAUUCAAUCCCGAUCGCUGGUUGGAUCCCUCUGAAAACUUGGCAGAUAUGAAGAAAUGGUUCUGGGCAUUUUCCAGCGGAGGAAGGAUGUGUAUUGGCAUGCAUCUGGCAAUGGCAGAAAUGACUACUUUGGUCGCAGCCAUUUAUCGAAAAUAUAGAACCACACCAAUGGGAGAUUUCGGUACCGUCUCUCCUGGCAUUACAGGCCGCUAUGAGGUGUUCUAUGAUGAUACUUGUAGUCGAAUGCGGGAACACGAGUGUCAGGUUGAGUUCACGCCACAUUAA